AUGCAUGCGAAAUGCGGCUACUUAGCGGACACCUGCCAGUUCGACGAAAUGCCCCAUAAGAGCGUUGUGUCGUGCAAUGCUUUGGUUUCAGGUUCUGUGGUUAAUGGUCGGCAGGAAGAUGCGAUGUGGGCAUUUCGGGAGCUCAGGAGGGUGGGCGAUUAUCCGAAUUCGAUUACAUUUUGUGGCUUUCUCAAUGCCUGUUCGGAUGCAUCUGCUCGGUUGCAGGGGAUGCAAGCCCAUGGCUACGCGUUGAAGGUUGGGUUCGACAGCGAUGUAUCGGUUGCUAAUGGGCUGGUGGAUUUCUACGGGAAGUGUCAGUUGGUCGAUUCAGCAGCUAAAAAUGGGUGUGAAGAAGAGGCCUUGAGACUGUUCUGCGGUGCUCGGAGGGAAGGAGUAAAGCCGACAGAGUUUAUGGUUUCCAGCAUAUUGAGUGGAUGUGCAAGGUUGGCUGGCCUGAGGGAAGGAAAGUGGAUACACUGCCUUGUUGUCAAAUCUGGUUUGGAUGAAAAUGUGUAUGUAGGCAGUGCACUUGUAGACAUGUAUGGGAAAAGUGGCAGCAUAUGCGACGCUGAUCAGGUGUUCUACGAGAUGCCAGAGAAAAACCUCAUUACUUGGAACGCCAUGAUCUCUGGUUACUCCCAGUAUGGGUAUGUGAAUGAAGCACUAAGCACGUUUGAAGCAAUGCAGCAAGAGAGUGUUGCACCCAACUACAUUACUCUUGUCUGUGUUCUCUCUGCUUGCAGCCAUGGUGGUUUGGUGGAUACUGGAUUGUCAUUUUUCAAUUCCAUGUAUGAAAAAUAUUGA